AUGCUUGUCAUCGACGGCACAAAUGGUCCACUCUUCAGCAUAGUGGAGUCGGCGGCCGCCAUCGCGUACUUGUCGGCGCACUACCCUCAGUUCAAGAAGCGUGGGGUUGGGUGGCAGCUGAGCGUCGAGGAAGUCAGCCUGCUGCAGGCCCAGCUGCAGCGGACUGACGACAUACAUUUUGCGUCUGCUGACACGAAGGAUCAGUUUGAGGUGCUUCGCAAGAGGUACGCACGGGACUGUAUCGUGUACGCCGCGCUCACCACAGACCACGGGUACAAGCUCCGCCACGGCAGCCAGUUUGGUGCCAAUUACAUAGGCUAUCAGGAUGUUGGGUCGCACGGCGAGUGCCUGUUCUUCACAGGGCCGCUCGCUAAGCUCGAGCAGGUGCGAGCCGUGCGCAUCGCACGAAGUGUAGGGAAGCGGGCAAUGAUAGUGCUUGUACAAGAGGGCGAGAGCGGAUGCUCGUCUACCGUCACUGUGGCGGACCUCAUGGCUGAUUAUUUCGCUGACCUUCAACGCCCACACAAGGCACGUCGAAAAGAGUAG